AUCUGCCCCUUGCUGUCGAAAUGGGCAAAUUCAUGAAAUCCAGGAAAAUGGUGCUGGUCUUGGCCAGAUGCUAUUCCGGAUACAAAGCUGUCAUUGUGAAGAACAUUGACAAUGGCACCUCAGACCGCCUUUACAGCCAUGCCCUUGUGGCUGGAAUUGACCGAUAUUCCAGAAAAGUGACAGCUGUCAUGGGCAAGAAGAAGAUCGCCAAGCGAUCCAAGAUCAAGUCCUUUGUGAAAGUUGACAACUACAACCACCUCAUGCCCACAAGGCACUCUGUGAACAUCCUCUUGGACAAGACUGUUGUCAACAUGGAUGUGUUCAGGGACCCAGCUUUCGGCCAAGGUCAAGUUUGAGGAGUGAUACAAGACAGGGAAGAACAAAUGGUUUUUCCAGAAGCUUCAU